AUGGAGCGGCUGAUACGAAAAGCGUUCGAUAGCAGCCAAGCUGAGGUUGUCGGCAGACUCGCACUGGAGAUUAUCGAGCGACGUGAGGCGGGCGCAGAAUCGAACGAGCGGCCCUUCUACGCUAGGCAUCGAGUCGGUACGAUCAAGAAGUACAGCCAGAAGCUGGUAAGCAUCCUCUGCUACCUGUGGCGCACAUAUGACCAGGUCGAGCGGCCGCCAUACAAACUUACCAGCACGCAAGACGCCCUCUUGGUGUCACUCCAGCAAAUAGCCCGCUCAGACGACGCUGCGAAGAAAGAGAAACUGGAAGAGCGAUGCCUGCGCUUUUGGAUCGCCUUGCUCAACCACAGCCUGACUGGCGACGAGCACGAGAGCGCACUGCUGAGCGGAGUGGCUGUCCUCGGCCUCAAGCCUGAUCACCAUGGCGGUGGGUGGGUUCCGGCGCACGAGUUCUCGCCAACGCUGUCUGCUUUGAUCACUACCUCGAAAGCGCUCGUAGUGCAUCAUGCCCGCUGCCAGCGAGAUAAAGCGCUUCAGAAAGACCCUUGUACAGCACCUACUGCGUAUGAGCUAGUUAAAGACAUGUCUGAACGGUUUAUGACGCUGUCCGACUUCAAAGGCACACCUAGUCCUAUGAAUCGAAUGCUCCGCUUGCGUACGCUAGCUAGAACACAGGCAAAGCGACGUAAUACUCCCGGUAUCGUGUCGUGGGAUGGAGAUCGGCUUCUCAUUGACAAGCAGAGCUUUUCGCUAGCCGAUCUCCGGUCGAUGGUGAAGGGACUCUGCGAGACGGUGCGGUUGCAGCUAUUCAAGGACGUCCUACUCUUGGAUCUAGACGAAAGGGGUUGCGUGCGACCCGGGACCACCCCGCUUCCAGAGGUGUCUGUGGACAAACUCGUCGAUCAGCCAGCCGAGCUGGCUACGGGCUGGAGCUUUCUGAAGCACCCUGACAACCAGCUAGAUAGAUGGCAAGACUGGCUUCUAGACCGGGUGUUGGACGAGGCUCUGCUAAGGGAGAGAUUCAUUCGUGGGAUAGAUAGCACACAACGGCCGGAACGGACGCUAUGGCGCGAUGACGCUGUAGCUAGGUACAUGAAAGGAGUGCGUCGGUUUAAAGAAGGCCUCUUCACGCUUGUUCACAUGUCUGGCGGCGGGCCUGGUCGCGGGACAGAGAUUACCUCGAUACAGUGCGAGAACAGUGCAGACAGGGUGGGGUAUCGGGGGGUGUUUGUAGAGGGUGGCCUGGUAUCCUUCACCACUACGUACCACAAGGGGUAUAGCUUCAGCAAGCGUGUCAAGACGAUCCACCGCUAUGUUCCCCGGGAGGUGGGUGAGCUGGUGGUGUACUUCCUCGGGCUCGGUCGACCGUUCAUAGAUGAUCUCCAGAUGCUGCACAAUGGCGUUGCCCGCCCUACCGCUUUCAUCUGGGAGCCAGAGCCGGAGGAGCAGUGGGGCGACGAGAGCGAUAGCGAAGAGAGCGACGACGGAGACGAGUACGGCGAAGCCGACCGUAAGAAGGCACGAUCCGCUAACCCAGACGGGUACUGGGGCACCGAUCGCAUACGCCGUGUCCUGCGCGAGCAGACCUUUCAGUACAUGAACACCGCUCUCGGCACCCGCGCCUGGCGGCAUGCCUACCCAGCCAUCCACCGAGAGCUGGCAAGAGAUGGACAAGCACGCGACUGGUUGGAAGUGCUCUACUGGAACAAAGCGCCGGCGAAGAGCAACGCGCAAGCGUUGCAGUCCGGCCACAGCCUUGAAACAGAGGAGGGCAACUACGGCCGCUCCAUGAUGGAGUCUCCCUUUCAGACCAUGGCCGAGCGGGAGGAGUUCCGGCGGGUGAGCAUGGACUGGCAUCGCGUGCUGGAGUUUGCAUCCGCCUGGGAGGACGGCCGCAUGCACCCCGGUGUUCGCGCGGAGAUGGUAGCGCAGCAAGAGAAGCAGGCGCUCCAGCGCUGGUCGUUGCUCGCGAUGGUGGACCUCAAGGCAGAGUUCAGGCGACUCGCUGGACGGCCGGACGCCGAGUAUCGUGGCAAGCAAGAAGAAAGCCUCGAGGCUGUGAUGCAGCGACGGCUGCGCGUGCUAGUUGUUAUGGCUACCGGCACCGGCAAGAGUAUGCUGUUCAUGCUGCCCGCGUCCGUCUCGCCAGGCGGCGUCUCCGUGGUCGUGGCUCCGUUGAAUGCCUUGCGAGACGAUCUGCAAGAUCGCUGCGACCAGCUCGGCAUCCCCUGCGCGAAGUGGGAUGGAAGAAGACCGCCGUACUGGGCUCGUAUUGUGCUGGUGACGCCUGAGAGCGCAGUCACGAAGGCGUUCGGCAGGUUCAUUGACGAAAAGCGCAUGCUCCAUCAGCUAGAUCGUAUUGUGAUAGACGAGUGCCACGUGCUGCUGGAGUCGACACAGGACUGGCGGCCAGACCCCCUCAAGAUGGUGGAGAUGACGGAGAAGGGCACACAGGUUGUCUACCUGACUGCAACCUUGCCGCCCACGCUGCAGCCCGCCUUCUUGCACACCGCAGGGCUCGAUGCCCAGACCGUAACCAUAUGCCGCGAUGAACGCACCACGCGAACGAACAUUGCGUACCAGGUGCUAGAGUACACACGUGGCACGCUAGAAAAAGUACUUAUUGAGCUCGUGGCUGCGAAGAGGAGUAGGUACGGACCCAAGGCGCAGAUCAUCGUCUAUUGUCCAACUGUGGACGAGACGAAACGGCUUGCGAAGCUUCUGCAGUGCUCUGCAUACUACCGUCAGAUGGGCUCAGACGAGGAAAAGGCACGCAUGGUGCGAAGCUUCACCCUGGGCAUAGAGAAGCUUUGUACAGCCACGAACAUGCUGGGUCUUGGGCUCGACGCUGCAGGCGUCCGGGUGGUGAUCCACGUUGCCAUGUGUCCCCUGCUGCUCCAAUAUGUGCAAGAGAGCGGCCGGGCGGGACGAACGGGGCUCGACAGCGAGUCUAUUGUUAUGAGAGCGUGCUAUGUAACGAAAGAGGGGAGGGUAGAGAAGGCGCUCGGCUACAAGCUGGAGCGACCUGCAAAGGAGUUCAUGACAGUCGAAUCCUGUCGGCGAAUCGCGAUAGACAAGCACAUGGACGGCAGACAGAACAGGCAGCAAUGCGAGAUGGGAGAGUCGAAGUGUGAUCUAUGCGAGCGACACCCCGGUGGUACCAAGCGACAAGCCGUCGAAGAAGAGCAGGAAGAGCCAGAGGAGACGCAGGCCGACACCGCGGCGGUGGCAGCAGAGGAGCAGCGCAGAUGUAUAGAGCGAGCUAUGGUCGUUAAAGAGCAGAGGGUUAAGAUCCGGCAACGGCGAAGGACGGAACAAAAAGUAUAUGACCUGGAGCGGCUAGAGCAGCACUUCCAGCGCUGGAGCAAUGCGUGCGCCAUCUGCAUGGCCACUCAGGCUGACCCGGCGCGCCACGACUGGAAGGACUGUUCAAAGGCCAGCGGAGCGCAGAUGACAUUAAUGGAGUCUAAGGUGAAAUCUAUGCACUAA